GCCGCUGUCAACCAUACAAGUCACCGCGUUGCCAUUGAAUAGCAUGGAAUUAAACCUUCUUCAGUGAAUAUGUUUUGUGGUCUAUAUGUUUUGUGGGUGUACAUAUAUCAGUGUAUUUAUUUUGUGAUGUAAAGAGUUAUAUAGUGAUUAUUGUAAAUAUGGGUUCCAAUUCAGAUGAUUUCUGGACGUCUGGGUCAUCACUUGUAUUUAAUUUCGAUGAUGACGAUGAAGAAAUCGUUGAAUCAGUGGAUGAUUUUGUAUUCAAAACAAGUGAAGAUUGCAGUGUAGUCCCAAUUCAUUCCAUUAUAACGAAACAUUGCUUGGAUCUUAUUUUAGCUGAUGCAAAACCACGUAAACAUGAUUUACCUUCAGUUGAAAUCGCCAUACAAAGGUUGUUAAAUGGUCAAAAAAGUGCUAUAUACAUUUAUAGAAGUUUGAAGCACAAGAUUUCAUUACUUGAAGCUGCUCUGGAUAUUAAAGAAGGGAAUUUAAUUCUCAUGAUGCGUGUGCAAAUAUGGCAGGACCUUCAAAGCAUCUCUGUUAUGAUGUCCCAAAGUUUGAAGAAAAAAUUCUAUAAUGGUAUGAGGAGGAAGGAAGUGAUUUUAGUGGUAUAGACAGUGCUUCAUAAGACGAUUGUAUAGGAUCAGACUAUAAAAGUUAUAGUGAAUUAUCAGAAGAUCAAGCAGAAGAAAAUGCAAAUAAUUUACUAGUUCAUAAUUCUUCCUAUUGCAAAAAUCGUCAUAAGUGAAGUAUUUCGGAAGUUCUACCAUCAUCAUGUACAAGGAAACAUAAUAUAGUCAUCAAGGUACCUGUCCUAAGAAGAAAAGCUCAUGAAUAUGGAGAAGAAGCAGCUCUGUUGACUGUUAGGCAGCUUCUAUUUACUGAUGAUAUGUUAGUACAUAUCAUUAACAGCACGAUUCCACAGUGCACAGAGUGCCCUGCGUAAUCUCAGAGACUGUUCUACAAAAACGACCCCUAACUACCAUGCUAAGUCAUCAUCAUAGGCUUGCACAUAAACACCCACACUGCUAAGCCUAACGAGGAGUUUGUCCACCA